CGCAUGCGCGUCUCCCUCCUCCCCCCCCCUCCGGCGCGGGGAGGGGGAUGCGGACGGGGGAAGAUGGCGGCCUCGAACAACCCGCGGAAAUUCAGCGAGAAGAUCGCGCUGCACAACCAGAAGCAGGCGGAGGAGACGGCGGCCUUCGAGGAGGUCAUGAAGGACCUCAGCCUGACCCGCGCGCACCGGUUACAGCUGCAAAAAACCCAAUACUUGCAACUGGGACAGAGUCGUGGCCAGUACUACGGUGGGUCACUGCCAAAUGUGAAUCAGAUUGGGAACAGUGCCAUGGAUCUCCCCUUCCAGCACAACGGAGCUGUGGCAGAAGCCUUUGGAGCAGUUCCUGUCUCUUUGACUCCUUUUCAGUCCUCGGGGCUGGACACGAGCAGAACAACUCGGCACCACGGGCUGGUGGACAGAGUGUAUCGUGACAGAAACCGCCUCGGCUCCCCGCAUCGCCGCCCGCUCUCCGUGGAUAAACAUGGAAGACAAGUGGACAGCUGUCCGUAUGGCACUGUGUAUCUGUCACCUCCCUCAGACACAAGCUGGAGAAGGACAAAUUCCGAUUCUGCCUUGCACCAGAGCACUAUGACUCCAGCUCAGCAAGAGUCCUUCACAGGAGGGUCACAGGACAUACAGCAGAAAAGAGUUUUAUUACUGACUGUCCCUGGAAUGGAGGAGACCCCCUCUGAGGCAGACAAAACCCUCUCUAAGCAAGGAUGGGACACUAAAAAGACUGGGUCAUCGAGACCUAAAUCAUGUGAAGUUCCAGGAAUCAACAUCUUUCCAUCAGCUGACCAGGAAAACACUACAACACUGAUUCCUGCUACGCAUAACACAGGUGGCUCCCUGCCAGACCUGACAAACAUCCAUUUCCCUUCCCCUCUCCCAACACCGUUAGAUCCUGAGGAAUCCACAUUCCCAGCCCUGAGUAGCUCCAAUAGCACCGGAAAUCUUGCUGCCAAUCUGACUCACUUGGGCAUCAGCACGGCCAGUCAGGGUGUCACUAACCCAUUGCUCUGUUCCUGUCCCUUCCUGGCAGGAAUGUCACCGCCGGCUCCGGCCCCCCAGCACCGCCCGGCUGCUGUCAGCCCCCUCUCCCUGAGCGCCGACUCCCGGCGGCCGCAGUCGCAGCAGAUGUCUCCUACGCUGUCCCCUCUGUCACCCAUUACUCAGGCCGUGGCUAUGGAUGCAUUGUCUCUGGAGCAGCAGCUUCCCCCAUAUCCAUUUUUUACCCAGACAACUUCCCAGCAACAGCAGCAGACGCAGGUGGCAAGUACCCUGCCUCAGAACACUCCUUUAAUGCAGACCUCUGGCUUACAGCGAGGAGCACAGCUCCCCCCGCUCUCUGUCACGGUACCUUCUACCAUCCCACAGUCACCUCCGGGUAGCCAGACCCAGCCAUCCAUGGGAAUAGACAUCAACUCGGCUUCACUCCAGCAGUACCGCAGUAAUGCUGGAUCCCCAGCCAACCAGUCUCCCACCUCUCCUGUCUCCAAUCAAGGCUUCUCUCCUGGCAGCUCCCCUCAACAUUCUUCCAUUCUGGGGAGUGUAUUUGGUGACUCCUAUUAUGAUCAGCAGAUGACAGCUAGGCAGGCUAAUGCCCUAUCCCACCAGCUUGAACAGUUUAAUAUGAUCGAAAACGCCAUUAGUUCCAACAGCCUGUACAGCCCCUGCUCCACCCUCAACUACUCCCAAGCAGCUAUGAUGGGGCUCACCGGCAGCCACGGCAGCCUGCAGGACUCGCAGCAGCUCAAUUACUCCAGCCAUGGAAACAUCCCCAACAUCAUUCUUACAGUGACAGGAGAAUCCCCUCCCAGCUUAUCAAAAGAACUGACCAGCUCGUUGGCAGGAGUGGGAGACGUCAGCUUUGACACGGAUUCCCAGUUCCCUCUGGAUGAACUCAAAAUUGACCCUUUAACCUUGGAUGGACUGCACAUGCUGAACGACCCAGACAUGGUCCUCACCGACCCCGCCACAGAGGACACGUUCAGGAUGGACCGGCUGUGAAGCGCGGACACCAGGAGCGUGGGAAUGACGCUUGUUCCUGGAGCCCAGCCGAACUGGAGAGGCCAGCGGGUCAGUCGUGUGGGAACAGGAGCUGCUGAGAGCAGCAGCUCUGUCCUGUGCACCAUGUACAAUGAGUAAAGCUUGUCGUUCUAAGCUUGCA